AUGACUACGAAUUCUUCAUUACGUUCAAAUACUUUCAAAAAAGAUUCUACGGUACUAAGUUUGAUCAGUGAUCAUUAUCAUUCAAUGUUCUUAAAUACAAAUGAUGAACUUGAAUUAGCACAUUUUGGUUUAAGAGUUGGUUCAACACUUGGUACUGGCACAUAUGCAAAAGUUAAAUCAGCUUAUAGUGAACAAUUAUCUCAUAAAGUUGCUAUUAAAAUAAUCAAUCGACGUAAAGCUCCAGCUGAUUUUCAACGUCAUUUUUUACCGCGUGAAUUAUCAAUAUUACAACAAAUAAAUCAUUCGCAUAUUAUUCAAGUUUAUGAUAUAUUUUCAUAUGGCAAUAAAUUGUGCAUUGUCAUGGAAUUAGCUAAAACUGAUUUACUUGAUUAUGUUAAAUUGAUUGGAAGAUUAGAUGAAGAUAAAGCAAGAAAAAUGUUUACACAACUAAUAUCAUCUGUAGAUUAUUUACAUCAAAUAAAUAUAGUUCAUCGUGAUUUGAAAUGUGAAAAUGUUUUAUUAGACAAAAGUUUUGAUGUUAAAUUGUCUGAUUUCGGUUUUGCACGAGUCAUACAAACUAACGAAUUAUCUCAUACAUAUUGUGGCUCAGCUGCUUAUGCUUCUUGUGAAAUUCUUCAAGGUAUACCCUACAAUGCUAUUCCAGCUGAUAUAUGGUCAUGUGGAGUCAUUUUAUAUAUAAUGGUCUAUGGUUCGAUGCCUUUUGAUGAUUCAAACAUACGAAAACUUGUACGAUGUCAACUAGAGAAAAAAAUUCAUUUUAGUCGUUAUAAACCUUUAUCUAUGGAAUGUAAACAAUUAAUUUCAUCUUUACUCGAACCUGAUAUUAAAAUUCGUGCUACCAUUGUUCAUAUUAAAAAUAAUGAUUGGAUUAAAGGACAUAUUAUGUCAACUAUUAAUGAGGAUUCAUCAAAAACUAUUUCUCUAUCAGCAGUAGCAAGAACGACAGCAACUACACAAAAACUAUUAAGUCCAAUAGUAAAUAAUUUACAAGAAUCGACUAUUAAAACGAUGAAAAAAACAAUACCUGAUAAUUAUUAA